AUGAGGUUUAAAUCAAUUUUUUUAGAAUUUUUUUCAGUACUAAUAUUUUGGAAUUUCACCCUCCAAUUUGAAUUAGUAGUAAAUGAUGAAGAAAUUGAAAAUCCAAAAGCUAUACUAAAAUCAACUUUUAAAAAAUAUAUUCCUUUAGAAUUACAAGAUAAUUUAGAAAUCCCCAUAAAACCAGGUCAAACAAAUAUUAGAGAAAGUUUUAUUUCAUCUGCUCAUAAUAAUUUUAACAAUAAUAAUAAACAAUUAAUACCAUUACCUCCGCCAAGUAGACCAUUUGAAAAUCGAAAAUAUGCUCAUAAAUUGAAGUCAUUGUUCAAGAAGAAUAAAUUAAAAUCUUCCUUUUUUAACGGUAUCAGUUCUACAUUAUCUACUACCGCAAGUACAGCAAGUCAAACUGAUUUAUUUGAAGUUGAAACUGAUGAAGUUACUAGUGAAGAAUUAUCUGUGAAUGAUGAAGUAAAUUCAACUUCUUCUAUCGAACUUGGGAUUAAUUCAGUCUCAUUUGGAGUCCAAUCAAAUUCCUUAUCAACACCAGCAACAACUACAGUAUCAACUUCCACCUUAACUUCAAUUUCUACAUCAACUUUAACGUCCAAUUUAGCAUCAUCAACCCCAACAAUAUUAACAAUACAAUCACAUAAAUCAUGGAUAAAAGAAUUUCUCCAGUUUAAAAAAGCACAGGAUUUACAAACUCAACAAAAUCUUAAAAACAUUAGAUCAUCAACUGGUGGUGAAAAAUUAAAAUCAAAAAUAACAGAAUAUGAAGAUUCAUUAAAUAAUCCAAAAGAUCUUAAAAAAUGGGUUAGAUUAAUUGCAAAUAAUGAAAACCUAGAAAAUACACCAAAAAAGCAAUAUUUAAAAAAUAUAAAUCAAGAAAUUGAAAUUGAUAUAAAUGAAUUUAUAAAUUAUUUAGUUACUGAACAACUGUUUAAUCCUCAAGAUUUACAAUUUUUAAAAUUUAAAAAUUUAGAUUAUGGAUUAAAUGAAAUUGAACAAGAAUUAAAUAAAUUAAAAGAAGUUGAAAAUUCUCAAAGACCUAAAGUUAUUAAAAUUGGUGGUGAGGAUGGUAGUGUUAAAAAUAAUGAUGGUUCAAGUAAUAUUAUUGGGUUAAAUUAUUCAAUUUAUUUGGUUUUUAUGCUUACUAUUAUAUAUUUAGUAAUUUGA